AUGGCAGAGUUACGUUGGUUAGGCCACGCUGGCUUCAGACUUGCAUUCCCAGACCCAAAAGAUGCCUCAGUCACAAGAGUCAUUUACUUCGAUCCAUGGAUGCAAAACCCCAAACUUCCAGAGGACUUAUAAGGAACAAUUCCAACUGAUGCUGACCUAGUCUUGGUAUCUCAUGGUCAUUUUGACCAUGCUGGUAGCGCCCCAGAUCUUAUUAAAGCAUCUUAAAAAGAGGGAGUUAAGGUUGUAGCAAAUUAUGAAAUUUUCAACUUCUAUAAGAAAUUCCACAAUCUAACUGAUGAUCAAGCUGCUGGUAUGAACAAAGGUGGCUAAUUAGAUUUUGGAUUCUGUACAGUCCAAAUGGUGAGUGCUGAUCACUCAUCAGGGUGCAUGGCUCCAGAUCAAAAUAUGCAUGUUGGAGGAGAGCCUGCAGGUUUCGUAGUCAGCUCCCACGACUUCGCUAUUUAUCAUGCUGGUGACACCAAUGUUUUCACAGAUAUGGACAUAAUCAAUUAUUUAUACAGACCCACUCAUCUCUUACUUCCUAUCGGUGGUCACUUCACAAUGGGUCCAAGAGAAGCUGCUUAUGCUGUUUGCAAAUUCCUUGUUCAUGCUAAGGUUGUUGUUCCUAUGCAUUUCUAAACUUUCCCACUUCUCAAAGGUACCGUUGAAGACUUCCUUAAAGAAGCUGAGAAAUUUGCUCAUGAAUUCAGCAGGGCUCCAUUCAAAACAGUAGACCCACAUUCUCUUCUACAAGCUGGCCAAGCUCUUCCAUGA